AUGCAACCACCAGCAUGUUCAUCCAUUCAAAAGCAACAUCAUCAACACCAGCACUCCUCACAUUUGUUUCAAUCAUCAUCAUCAACAACAAUAACGACCACAGGCCGUGAUCGAGCCAUUUCUUCUCCGGCACCUUUGCAAAAACUAAAAACGACACGAAUCAUUCACCACAAUCAUGCAAAUCCUUCACCCAAUCAUCAUCAACCUGAAGAUAUGCUCAUGACACAACUACCAUCACAACACGAUCAUGAUGUCCUUAUGCAGGAAGAUGACGAUUAUUCCAUGACCACGAAUCAUCAUCAUGAUCCACAAGGAUCUUCUUAUACGGGCGAGGAAAUGAAUGAGGACUUGGACGACUCUACAAAUUCCACAUCACAACGACGAUUUUCUCUUCCUUCUUCAGAUUUAAUGAACAUGCCGUUUUAUCGACAACAAAAGAUUGAUCACUUCCAACAAUGGUAUGGGCUCUAUGGAGAUUUCAUCAUGGAUGACGAGAAUGGAACCUUGAUGUCAGUGCCUGGAUUUUUUGCUCAACAAUCGAUGGAGUUGAAAGACAUUACAGGAAUGAAAGUAUUGUCAUCACACGAAUGUCAACAACAAUGUGAAAUGUUAAUGCGAGAAUUGAAGGACUUUCAAGUCGAUUUAAAUUUGCAUGUAUUGAAUCAUGUGUGA